UUUAGAUCCAGAUUUCUUACCAAUCAUCCACCAAACCCCUUCGACAGUAUCCGCCUAUGACGAAUUGUUUGUUCCGCGAAUGACCCGCCAUUGACAUUACAAAUCCAUGGUGACUUUCGGACGUUUCGGUGUCUUCGGACCAUCUGGAGCGAGCUCUUUAGGCAUUCAUCUGGUUUAGAUAUAUAUUGUUCUGGUCCAUAGAUCCAAUUCAACGACCAAACUUGUGUAAAACAAUCUGUCCCUCUCAUACUCUCCAGUCUUUCACAAGAUCUAUCAAUAUGACACAAUCAGCUCGUUACGAGUCCGACAAUGUCGACGCAGCACCCUUGGGCAAGCCGUUGAAGUUCGAAUUCAGCGGCAAGACUGCCCCGAAUCGAUUCUUGAAAGGCGCUAUGACUGAGCGUAUCUCUUCCUGGGAUCCCCACAAUCUGCAGGCUCGAGGCAUUCCCUCCACCAACUUAGUGAAUGCUUACCGAAGAUGGGGUGAAGGCGGCAUCGGUUUGAUCCUUUCAGGAAACAUCAUGAUCGACUACGACCAAUUAGAGGCAGCUGGAAACCCAAUCAUUCCAAAGGAGGCGACAUACGAAGACCUGCGGUUCGAACGAUUCCGGGACCUGGCCACGCAGGGUAAAGCCCAAGGCAACUUGAUGGUCGGUCAGGUCAGCCACCCUGGCCGACAAGUCAUCGAACAAAUCAACAAAGACCCCGUCUCCGCCUCGGAUGUGCAGCUGAAAGGCGAAGUCAUGGGUAUGACCUUUGCUAAACCCCAUUCGGCAUCAGAAGCAGAGAUCCACGACAUCAUCGAAAGAUUUGCCCACGCCGCCGAAUACCUCGAGAAAGCCGGCUGGGACGGCAUUGAGCUGCACGCCGCUCACGGUUAUCUCCUCGCACAAUUCCUGGCUCCCAGCACGAACCAGCGAACCGACAAAUACGGCGGCAGCCUCGAGAACCGCAGCCGCAUCAUCAUCGAAAUCGCCCAAGCCAUCCGCAAGCGCACCAAAUCCGACUUCAUCGUCGGCAUCAAGCUCAACAGCGUGGAGUUCCAAGACAAGGGCUUCAACCCGGAGGACGCCAAGGAGCUGUGCGCACUGCUCGAGAAGAACCGCUUCGACUUCGUCGAGCUCAGCGGCGGCACCUACGAGUCCCUCGGCUUCGGCCACAAGCGCGACAGCACCCGCAAGCGGGAGGCUUUCUUCCUGGAAUUCGCCGAUCUCAUCGCGCCGGUGCUCAAUAAGACCAAGACCUACGUGACCGGCGGUUUCAAGACGGUGGGCGCGAUGGUCUCAGCGCUGGACGUCGUCGACGGUGUCGGGCUCGCGCGCCCGUUGACCCAAGAGCCGCGGUUCUGCGCCGAUGUCCUCGCCGGCAAGAUCAAGGGCGCGAUCAAGCAGCGACUAGACCAAGAUAACUUCGGCAUCACGAACGUCGCGGCCGGCACGCAGAUUCGUCAGAUUGGCAAGGAUCACGAGCCGAUUGAUCUGUCGGUCGAGGAGAACGAGAAGGCUUUCAUGAAAGACAUGGGAACUUGGGGGGAGAAGAUGGGAAAUAACAAGGAUGGAAAGGAGUACGGAUAUGUCGAUAUCACUAGCUUGGAUGCAGUGCCGUAUGGGACUGCUGCUGCUUCCACGGCGUGAACUAUGAGA